AUGGGUUACCAACAGAGGAACGCGCAACCCGAAAGUUUUUGGCGUUCCCCGUGCGGCGCCAGCACCAUCGGUCCUCUGGCAGAGACUCCAGACUGGGGGAAACUCCACAACCUUCUCAGUGAGAUCAGCAUGCGUGCCGAAAUGACAAGCCGGGAAGCGGAACAGAAGAAGAAACAAUUCUUGGAAGGAACCUACAAUGACUCAUUAUACGAGGAUAUAUACCGGUCGACCCGACACAACUGGCUUCCCAGACCACCUAGGGAAUCCGAAUACGAGGACGAUUUCAACAACACCAACAUCGAAACGGCGUUCCGAAGGGUAUACGGAUACCUUCAGCACUACGCGGUGGGUCUUGAGCAGGCUACGUUGGACCAAGUGUUCGCUCACGAAGGGAAAUUCGCCAAUCUUUUUCGCGAAAUCCAAUACUCUCUCCGACUUUUCCUAUGCGACUUCGACAUGAGCAUCAGCCUACUCAGGAUCAAGAAAGAUCCGGAUGUCCUGCGGGAUGUCAUGUCGGUCGAGCAGCGCAAGCCGAUCGGGGAACACAAGAUCACCCUGCGCGACUACAUGAUCCUCCGCGACUACAUCGACAUGGUCAGCUACGUGAGCAAGCUCUUCGCCUUCUUGGCCAAGCAUCCAGAGAAGAGCCCCGCUCUCGUACUACGGGAAACGCCAGUAGAUGAAGGCUCGGCAUUCUCAAGUCUGCUUUGA